GGACGCAUUACUAGGGCGACGGCCGGGUACCUCCUCGCUUCGGGAUGAAUUAGCGGCGGGUUCUGCCCCUAGGUUUGACCCCUCAGGAAUCUCCGGCCUGUCCACGUGCCCCCUGCKGCGUGGCACGGCAUUCCCUGCCCGUCACAGCUUCUGAAAAACCAAGUUGGGACUCCCAGAAGCUGGCAACAAAAGGAUGAAAUUAUUUGUACAUUUCAGAGAAAAAUAAGCUAUGAUGCUUCUGAACCUAUGAACUAUUAGCAAGGCAGAUUCUACCUUCCAAACAUUUUCUAAAAGCAGGACUGUAAAAGCUUGGGGAUACCAAUUUGGAGCUGCCUGAACCUGUCUCUUGGAUUGCAAUUCCAAAAGUCCAGCCUCYUGAGUAACUGGGAUUAUAGGAGUAUACCACCGCACCUGGCCAGGGAAGACCUUUCUGAGAAAGUGACUUUUGGGCCAAGACCUAAACCAGAAUCAUGGUGUCAUGGAAAGGGAUUUACUUUAUACUCCUUCUGUUUUGGGGAAGUUUUUUUGGAAGCAUUUUCAUGCUGGGUCCCUUUUUACCCUUGAUGUUUGUAAACCCAUCCUGGUAUCGCUGGAUCAACAACCGCCUUGUGGCCACCUGGCUCACGCUACCUGUGGCAUUGUUGGAGACCAUGUUUGGUGUAAAAGUGGUUAUAACAGGUGAUGCAUUUGUACCUGGAGAAAGAAGUGUUAUUAUCAUGAACCACCGGACGAGAAUGGACUGGAUGUUCCUGUGGAAUUGUUUGAUUAGAUACAGCUACCUCCGAUUGGAGAAAAUUUGUCUCAAAGCCAGUCUCAAAAGUGUUCCUGGAUUUGGUUGGGCCAUGCAGGCUGCUGCCUAUAUCUUUAUUCAUAGGAAGUGGAAGGAUGACAAGAACCAUUUUGAAGACAUGAUUGAUUAUUUUUGUGAUAUCCAUGAACCACUUCAGCUCCUCAUAUUCCCAGAAGGGACUGAUCUCACAGAAAACAGCAAAGCUCGAAGUAAUGAUUUUGCUGAAAAAAAUGGACUUCAGAAAUAUGAAUAUGUCUUACAUCCCAGAACUACCGGCUUUACUUUUGUGGUAGAGCGUCUAAGAGAAGGUAAGAACCUCGAUGCUGUCCAUGACAUUACUGUGGCAUAUCCCCACAACAUUCCUCAAACAGAGAAGCACCUCCUCCAUGGCAACUUCCCCAAGGAAAUCCACUUCCAUGUCCAUCGACAUCCAGUAGACACCCUCCCCAUGUCCAGGGAGGACCUGCAGCUCUGGUGCCACAAGCGGUGGGAGGAGAAGGAAGAGAGGCUGCGUUCCUUCUACCAGGGGGAGAAGAAUUUCAAUUUUACUGAACAGCAUGUAAUUCCACCUUGCAAGUCUGAGCUCAGGGUCCUUGUGGUCAAAUUGCUCUCUAUACUGUACUGGACCCUUUUCAGCCCUGCAAUGUGCCUGCUCAUAUAUUUGUACAGCCCUGUUCGGUGGUAUUUUAUAGUCACCAUUGUAAUCUUUGUGCUGCAAGAGAGAAUAUUUGGCGGACUAGAAAUCAUUGAACUUGCAUGUUACCGUCUUUUUCACAAGCAGGCACAUUUAAACUUAAAGAAAAAUGAAUAAGAUGGUCAGGCUCACAACGUAAAAACCUAAAGGGAUAUUUUGGAAAUGUCUAAGCCUUUGUAAACUGAGAUGCAUUUUGCAUGAUUGUCAGAUAUUUCUUACUAUCAUCAUUAUUUGUUAAAAGAUAUUUUGCACUUAAUUUUGUGGGGAAAAUAUUGCUACAAUUUUUUUUUAAUCUCUGAAUGUAAUCUUGAUGCUGCAAAUGUAGCAGGGAUCGAUUGCUGUGACAUAACUUGGGCCAUAUUUUUAUUAAACAAUCAUCAGGCUAUUGAUAGACAAGGUAUAUACAAGUUCUCUGAAAGGCCCAAUCUUCUAACCCAACAGACUCACCAGACCAGAAGCAGGUGUGGAACUCAUGAGUAGUGUGGCCCGACAGGCACUGAUACUUGACUGCCCAGCUCACCCCCGGAGGUGAGCACUCUUCCUCCAUGCAGCCAUGCACGUGGUGCCUGGGCUCGAUCCCUGGGCCCCGUCUGCAUCCUUUGUAUGCCAAUCAAACCCAUCCCAUCCUCCCUUAAGAUCAGAAAACAUACCUCCCUUAUCCCCAAGAUGAUCAACAUAGGAAUCCUCUCAUUCCACAUAGUAUCUUGGGCUAACCAAGCGAUCGAAAGACCACCUGUGCCCUUUCUUCACAUGGAAAAAUCACACCUGCACAUGACUCAGGGAGCAACCACAGACUCUCCACUUGGAAACCUUAGUUUGAAUUUUAAAAGCUAGGAAUUAGCUCCAGUUCUUCACUCAUCCUCAAUCUUGCAUGCUUAGUGCUGGUUUCCUUACAACUUGGCAGGUGUAGCUUUUUCUGUUAAAAGGGGUAGGCAUGCAGCCACAUGCUGUCUUAGAGGCAUGCUGAGAGGAACAUCCUGUUAUUGUAGACAGAAACUUUCUUGUGAAACAUUUUUUAAAACCUACCAAAAAAGGAAGGUUAUUGUUUUCUACAUGUGCAUGGGUAUCUAGCUUCUGCCAUUAAAACAACCACAAAAAUACAGACAUGGCAGUAAUGGUUUAUCCUAAAUUAUUCAAGCCUGGUAGCUUUGAUAAAUUUUAUACAAGGAUAACACAAAUGAAUCCUUUUCAAUGAUAGCAGGGAAAUGUCUCUCUUUUUAGUCCCAGAUUUACUCUUUCAAUAGUAAUAUUUAAACCCACUUUUGAUCAACUGUUUAUCUAAAUAUUUCUGACACUUGGAGUCAGAGGAAAAUCUAGCAAACCCAAAGCACUGUCUCCUUCUGAGGCAAAAGGAGCAUGUCAUCAUAGGUUCCAGCCCAUUGGAGCUCUGUCCUCCUUUUUUUUUUUUUUUUUUUUUUUUUUGCCUGGUAAUAGGGAUAAUGGUCGAGCUGCAAAAAUAUGAGCCUAUUAAAAGUCUUUAGCUGUUGGCUGCAAGUCUUGCCCCUCCAAUGAGUUCUACUCACUGUUCUCUCAGUCCUUUGAAGGUGACUUUGAAAUGUUCGCAGUGUAUUUGUCCAAUUGCCAAAUUUACCAUUCUAAAAGGUUCUAAGGAUGGCAAGUGUGAUCUAUUUACAAUAUGAACCACUGUGCUUAAAAUAUAAGGGGUAUCAACUGGGUAACGAGUUCUUACACCACAUAUCUUUUAUGAAACAAGCCAAAGUACUUGCUUCAAAAUUUAGAGAAUAUAGUGAAAAACUUAAAAAAUAAAUGUUAAAAGAGCCCAUCAUUUUAGACUUCAAUAAUCCUUCCUUAUGCCAUCAAAAUGCAUGUUAGAAAAAAAAAACAGCUUUCAUGUAAUGUCAUUUUGAAAUGAAUUACUGCAAUAGCACCAUAUCAAGAACGGGAUAUUAGUGGCCAAGACCACGUCUUGAGACAGGCAUGUUCUGUUUCCCCUGGACUUCACGCUCUGGCCCCAAUAAUGACACUCUUACAGUAAGGACUAAUGGAGGAGCCUGUUGGUGUUAAAUUGUUUACAUUUUUUUAUAUAAAUAAUGUGCUUUCAGUGCCUUAGUUUGGGUUUCUUUCUUUUUUUUUUUUAUUCCAAGAAUUCUGCAAUGCAUUUCUUAGGUGGGAGGUGCAUUUCCAGUGGGAGGAAAGGGUCUGUAAGUACCAGUCACUGAGUGUAACACCACUCAGUCACAUGUGGGGAAGAGCACUCAGUGCUGAGGCGUGGUGGCCCUACAGUAGUUUUCAUGCUGUAGAAGAUGAAAGUGGUUCUGCCACAUGAUGAGCUUUGGUUGAGGUCUGGCCCUAAAGUUGUCUUGUCCCUCCCUAAAAUUUUUAUUUCAGAAGAGAAUCUUGGUUUUAGUAAUUCAUUUUUUAAAAAUAUCCU